AAAAAGCAACCAACAGCAAAAAUGGGAAAACAAGAGCAAAGAGCGAAGUUCACAAUAAUAAUAAUAAUACUAAUACACUUUUUCACUUAUAUCAUAAAGCUGGGAUGUAGUUUUUUAUUGAAAUAUAUAUUCAGUAUAUACAGUAACUUCUUAGCAUAGCCACAUGUUGCUUUACAAAACAUCAAAGUGGCCCUUGCGUUAUUUCAUUCUUCAGUGUAUGGCCUUUGGAGGAAAAAGUGUGGACACCCCUGAUUGGCCAGAUUGCACACUUUUGGCAAAAACAUGCACCCUGACUGUGGUGCCUACGUUCAGUCAUAGUGUAUUGUUUGUGCUCCUGGAAGUUCAAGGUCCCGUCUUUUCAAGGAUGUUUUAACAGUGACAUGUGUCCCGAGAGUCGUUUUAUGAGCACCAAACACGACAAAAAAUCCCCCCUCACUUGAGUUGCUCAAACGGUCAUGUUCGAAUUUCUGGGCUUUCAUGAUGUCAUGAAGGAAAACCCUCCUUCCUCAUGGGCAUGAUGCCACACCGUGUACCCCUCCGCCACUUCACAGGUGAGCAUUUUUAACAGGCUACACGUCUUAAAGCCUGGAGCUCUGCAAACUAUACAUCAGUCAGCUGCAGACGUGAGCACUGUAGGUUUGAUCAUUUGGCUUUCCUUCAGCGGUCCUAGCAUGAUGUUGCUGUUAACGUGUGUCUGUCAUGUUAACACUGUCGCUCGGUUUGCAACCAAUAAUGUGUCAUUUGACAUUUUCACCUCCCCCCUGUAAAUGUAAGGUUCUUCCAUCAUGCCCAAUAUGAGUCUGUAAGAACUACAAACUGCAAAAAACUGCUGUAACAGAAGACAGAAGCCAAUAGCGUUGAUGUGAUCAGUGCAUUUCCACUUUUAACAGAAGACGCUUCAUUAGCGUUAGGUGUUAGAGACGCAGCGUUAUAAAUAUUUCCUCUCAUUUACGCAAACUGCUACGCAGGUGGCAGGAGGCGGGGGACGGAGCCUUGGGGCCUCUUUUUUUUUUUUUACAGGUUAGGUGUCAGAAGCAGGUGCAUGAAAAUGUCAGGCAAUUUAGAAACUUUCAAACUGUUUCUCAUUGCACACGCAGCUAUAAUUAGCUCCUCUGCUGUAGCAGCAUAUGCUCAGCCCUUAUGAUUAUGUUGGACAUGCACAGAAUUCCCACCCCAAAUCCUUGCCGGGGUCAACUCUUAUUCCCCACUUUAAACAUAUUAAACAGUCACGGUUUAACUGGCAUUGACAUCCAAAAUGUGCACAUCAACACACACAGUUUGGCGCUUGAUAGCAGAGAGUGUUAUCAGCUAAUUAGUGCGGGGAGCUGCAGGGGACGGGGUGUGCGCUCGUUGUCGCGACAGUUUUCCGGUUUGAGUGGUGCCAUCACUUGUCAUCUUUGUCAAUUAGAAAUGCACACAAGUGGAGAUAAGCAUGCUAAAGAGAGUGCAUUAUUGAGGAGAAACGGCUGACCUACAAACUGCGUAUUUAUAUGUUGCGUUAUACAUCCAAGAAGCUUGCAGGAAUAUAAAUACAAGAGGAAUAAUAGCAUUUGUUUUGCUCUGCAGGGGAGGGAUUACACAAGCUAUUGUUUGGCUCUAUUGGAUGUUUUGCUCUAUAUUCGGUCCUCCUCCAGUCACAUUGCUUUUGGAGUGUCCUUUUUUUUGUUGAAAUGCUUGAUUAGGAGCGCUUUUUAAGAAUGUGCAGUCAUCAGUCCUUUAUGUGUGCGAUACGACGACAUCUUGGGCUACAUAUGGACGAGCUUUCAGUGGGUGUUGAAUACGCUUGGAUAAUGAGCUGGAAUCUCAGCAUGAGAAAGCAUACUGCCGGUUGCGGAGGCUUUCCUAAUAAGGUGCAGGAAUUUAGGCUUUUUGGGGGGGGUGCAACAUAUUUCUAUAUGAGCGGGUUCAAGUCGACACUGUACGGAAGAAACAAAAUGGAAUAACAAUAUGUCUGUCUGGUUUAUUGUUCACAAUUCAACAUGUCUGAAGAGAGUGACACACGGCUCACUCCCCGCCCUCCAAACUCUCCCGCUAGCUUGGUGUUGAUCUUAUCUUCCAAUUUUGCAAUAAAAGUGAUUGCUGUGAUUAUUUGUCUCCAUUCAGCUCCAGAACCCUCCUCUUCUACACCGUACACGUCACACGCUCGUACCUCCCCCUCCAAACUCUCCUGCGAGCUCCAAGUUGGCUUCUCCGAUGAUUUGGAAUAAAAGUGACUGCUGUAAUGAUUACAUUAGAUUCAGCAUCAGAACAAUCCCUUUCGACACCGCGCACGUCCCUCAGCAUGUGCUAGCAUGUGGUAACGAUUACUACAUCACAAGUAAAACUUCAUCAAUAUGUGUGACAAAUGAGCGCCUACAGUCCCGUGUGAAGUCAUAUCUUACUGCCCUGACGUAUAUGGAACAUCGGCAUAAAGGGCCAGAAACACAAGUCAUAUUAAACAGAUGAGAAGACCAGCAUUCCAAAGGCAUUUUUUAUUUCCAACCCAUCAAGAAAAGUUCCUAAAUGAAUGUUUCCUUGUUUUUUUAGGCUGCCAAUCUGCACCUAUACGUUUUAUUCGAAUUUUACACAAACUAAUGCGGGAAGGACUCAAAAAGGCCUCGCAAACUGCACUUCUGUUUGUUGUAUUCCGUCGGUGCAAUUUUUUAAAAGACUAAAACUCGAGUUGCAUUUCGGCUCCAGACUAUUUUUCUUUCUUGUAAGAGGGGUCAAAAUGGGUCUUUUGAUAGUAAAGGCGGCCAACCCCUGCCAUAGCUGAACAAACAGAAUAAUGUAGGAUACCCUGAGGUUAGACUGAAAGGACACGUCUGUAGUGCAGCAUCAGGUAGGGAUAACAUGGUUUUUAGGCACAUUGCGCUGUCCAGUGGGUGCAUUUUGGCAGCCACAGCUUUGAGGAAGAAGCCGUAAUAUAAGUUGAUUGCACAAGGAUUUAUCAAGCAUGGUGAUUAUUGAGAAGAUGCAUGCUUAUCGCGCGUAAAUAAGUCGCAUUGGACCGCCUGGAGAAGCAAAGAGAAGGAGGAGAGAGAGUUGGAGACACGAGAGAGGGAGCGAGGGAGGGGAAAUCAGAAACAGAGAGAGAGAGAGGCUGCAAGGGGGGACUUGGUGGCCAGUGUUUGCCUCAGCCUGAGCGUCGGUGGUCGUGGUGAUGAGUGUCUAACAUGCAGCGCUGGGCAUCAUCAUCCGCGCGCCUUGGAGAACCGUGCGCACGCCUCAAGACUGCUCCGCGCCGAUGAUGAACGCAUCCUCACGGGACACUUUCUUGUGGAUCCAACUAUAAAAAGAAAAAAAGGCACCCGGACGAGGAGGAGACGAAGUAAAAGGCGAUGGGCUCCCAGCUAGUUUUGGAGUGACGCACCGACGCCAGCGCGUUUAUGUUCUGUUUUUAACCUCUUCACAUCGGACUAACGCUUUGGAUUGCAUCACACACGUCAAGGGAUGAACGCUAAAUUACACCACAGCAGUGUGAUUUUCUGAGUUGGGGCCCCCAACAUCCUUCUUUACACCCAACCCACCCCUGCCCUGCACGGCUCCUCUCAGUCCGCCACCAGCCCGCUCCGCCAGGAUGCAGCUGCUCCGCGUUGCGUGGGCACUAACUGGAGCUGCGAUCUGCUGCUUCCUCAUCCUCCUCAUCCACUCUCGUCUGCUCAAAGAAGGCCAGCUGGCGGCGGGGACAUGUGAAAUUGUGACGCUGGACAGGGACAGCAGCCAACCGCGGCGGACCAUCGCCAGGCAGACGGCCCGCUGCGCCUGCAAGAAGGGCCAGAUCGCCGGAACUACAAGAGCAAGACCCGCCUGCGUGGAUGCUGGCAUUGUUCGGAAAAAGCAGUGGUGCGAGAUGGUGCCGUGUUUGGAGGAUGAAGGCUGCGACCUGUUAGUCAAUAAAUCUGGCUGGACUUGUACGCAGCCCGGAGGCCGAGUCAAAACAACCACGGCCCUAUGACGCGACAAGAGUCUCCCUCCACACCCUUGCACUAUGGAGAGCACUGAUGACACCCUUGACAGACAGCCAAAAACCACCACCACCACCACCUUACCACCUUACCACCACUCUCACAACAAGCCUGCCCAUUCCCUGGUGCCGCAAAGGCAGGAAGUCCUCCAUCCUGCACCCUGGUCCUCGUGGAGGCAGCAAGGUGUCAUAACAUAGCCAGAGACAGGAACACCAUGCAGGGACUGUUUGCAGGAGUCCCAUCUUACCCCGGACAUUGGGUACACUACUCGCUGUAAAACACCGUUUCCUGUGAGCCACUCCACAGGCUUUCCCUUCCCUUGGUAUCUGUCUCGGUAUCACCUCCUCUCCACUUCUGCCUGCUCUGUCGAAUUAGCAGCUUCUGCUCCACGUCUUGGAGAGUCGGACUCCGGAAAAUAUCGCGCGUGGGUUGGAAGUCCUCGGAAUUGCUUUGACUGAAGACUUUCCCCAGCAUUUCUUUCUAGAAGAGCAGGAGCGAAGGAGGAUCAUUUGGGGAACUCCCUGCUGUGAAUAGGCCUUCUGCUGGAGCAAACCUCCCAUAUUUUUAUAGACCAAAGAGCAAAAGAACACAUCGCCGUGACACAGUGGACCAUCUUGGCCAACCAGCGACUGUCCCACCCUCGGUGCACAACGGACACCUUACCUUCAUCCAAGGAGUACUUUUGACAAUUUACAGACUUUUUACGUUGCUCGGACCGAGCCCACCACUGUACUUUGGAACUGGAGAAAUAGGUACUACAUACGUAUAACUGUGUAUCAAAAAAAAGAUCUGAUUUGCAUUUUUUAGUAGCGACGGUCGGGACGGCUGCGCUGGGAAAGGAGGCAAAGGGCAAAGUGUACUAAUGAAGGGAAGAAAUGUCAUUAAAUGUAUUUUGAAAGGCCCUAAAAGUUAUAUAUUUAACAGUUUUUCUAUGUUGUACCUUUGUAGAGAAGCUUAUUGGACGUGUGCUCACAAUGACAAUUAGGAUGUGAACAAACGCUGUUGUUCUCAUGACUGCUGGCGCGCUUUCUGUUCACACCUCAUUAGCUGCUUUCUUUUCAUGCUCAUAUCCAAGUCACUGUCCAUUAAAAAAAGAGAAAAAAAAACACAAUGUCUGGAGGACUGACCUGCAGCCGACUUAACAUUGUAAAUCUAUAGGUGUCAGUGGAAGCCAUUGAAAAACCUGCUAAUUUGCUAUAAUAUUGUAUUGUACACAAUGUGGAAUACUGACUCAUUUCCUCUCUAUGGGUUUUGAUCUCUUAAUUUAUUUCCGUGCUUGUGUUUGUUUGCACAGAUGGGAUGCCGACAAAUAGAAUGAGACGAUAGAGAACAGCAGAGCAAGGCUUGCAGAGAUAUUACAGUCACUGACAUACCAUUUUUUUUAUUAUUAUUGUUAUCAUUAUCAUGAGAUAUUUUAAGAAUAAAUUAAAUAUAUGAAAGAAGUUUGCCGUGAAUAUUUAGUUUGGUCUCAUUUAACAAAAAACAUUUUCUGACACAAAAUAUGAGCAAAUUAUCAGCAGGAAGUCCAAAAGGUCACUAAAUGUACAAUUAGUGCACCUUACCAGGUAGUGUGCUGUGAUUUAUACAUGCAAAUGCAACUUUUCUACGUAUUUACAGCAAAACUCCCUCACACAAAUGUAGGGUUGGGCAUUCUCGAUUCUUUUCAGAGACAGGGACAUUAAAAGUUUGCAUGGUGUAUGUGAAUUAUGAAUUAUUUAUGAAUUAUAAAGCAAUUCAUGCAUUUCUCACAGGGCUAUUUUUAACCAGUAUAAAAAUAGAAAACUAUUGAAUUUGAACAUAAAUGUUUUGAAGUCUCUCUAUAUGGGAGUACACAUUCACAAAAAAAAAUGUAUAUAUAUAUAUAUAUUUUUUUUUUCCUCUUUCCUCUUUUCCCUAACAACAGCAACUUCUUGACAGUCCCUAGCAUGUGAGGGGGAACGACCGCUGUUGCUACAAAGCCGAAUAGCCAACUGCCAACGUGAAAUUAACAACGACGGAGAUGAAUACCCAACGUCCAACAUGAAACUAACUUGACCAUGGUAAACAAGUGGUGAAUGGAUGAACACUUAACGCAGGGUCUGGUCAACUUACUGGCUAAAGCUAGUGUUACCUUCAGGUUGUUUUUCCAUGAAACAUUCCACAGCCGUACGGCUGGAUAUUUGAGUAUCCGCAGUAUAAUGGGCGCCACACAUGGGAGGCAACAAACAACUGCGAUUGGCGAAACUCAUCGCCAACGCGUAGCAAACACUGCACACGGGAGGCGAUGAGCGGCUGUGACCAGCUACACUGGUGAGCGACGCGUUUACAUCCAGAGUGAAUUGUAGGUUUUGAUUGCCUAGCAGAUGUGGAGGGAAUUUCGGUGUAUUAAAGUAGUUCAGAGAAGGAAAAGUGGCCCCCGGAACAUCGCCACAUAGCCAGCUGCCAUUUGACGCCCCUGCACAACCUGAAGCUCCACUGCUUCAUUGAAGGAAAAAGCACCUCAGGUCAUGAUGGCGCCCGUGGGGAAAACAUCCCAGGUGGCGUCGCCUUGUCGUGCCAGUAACGUUGGAAGCAAUCAGGACUGUCAAGGUUACAUUUUUUCUCAUCAGAGAAUUAAACUUUCUUCCACAUUUCAAUGUCACAUGUUUGAUGCUCUUGUGCAAAUUACAAGCGUCCAAUUUAGUGGCGUUGAAGGAGACGAGGCCUUUGAAGACGUGUUUUGUUCUUAAAACCCUUCUCUUGCAGAUGCACUCGGCACCAGUAAGAACCUUCAUUUGGGCCGACAGCUUGACGGACAGCCAAGUGGAUCCUCCGGCUCAGGGCCGGUGACAUUUUUUUGGGUCUACCACUUGGCUUUUUUGUUCCAUAACCGUCAGGAUCUUUGAAGAAGUUAAAAUGCCUGUCUUACAGCGCCCAACCGCAGCAGGAAUGGCGCGCUGCGAGAGGCCUUGCUUAUGCAGCUCAACAACGGUCAAAGACAGAAAGCUUUUUUGCCUUUGCCAUCAAGAGAUCAUGCCAGUGUGAAUACCUGACAGAAAAUGACAUUGAAUCCACAUUUUGGCCAGGAUUUUGGCUUUUAAAGCCAAUCUUUGAUCUUUUGAUCAGCUUCUGAACAGCCUAUUUCACUUUAAUGCUAUUUUUCUGUCUCACUCCCAUUUCUUCUUUUUGCAUAUUGAAGCUCUACUUAAACCCUCCUUAAGAUCCAACAGUGCAAAAUGUAAAUCCUUGCAGUUUUUUAACUGGCCGUAACAUUUUGAUCAAGGGUGUAUGAAGCUAUAAUAUGUUAAUAUUUUAUCUAUGGAGAAAUGACGGAUGGAAUAAUGGAAGAGAUAAUAAAUUAGAAAGCAUCUGUUGCUAUGGGAACUAGGACGCAUUCCGCUUUUCCAUGGUGUCAUACGGUAUUUUGGGCUGAUGACUGACCCAGCACGGGACAAAAACAAGAUCAUCUUCCUCAAGAUGGAUGAGGCCACGGCGGCCAUGUUGCUGCAAUUAUAACAAGUGGCGGUGAUUGUUUCACUUCUGAACAUCAAUUGUCCUCAGUGAUUAGACUCGUGAAAGGAGCUCCUAUCAUGGCUGAUUUGGGCCGAGAGGAGCGUCGUGUAUUAACAGUCUAUUCAUCCACGGUGGAUGCAUAAAAGCGUGCAAUUACGGAUUCCGCAAACUCUUUUGUGUGAUGAUGAUGAACGCCAUCGUGCGCUUCAAGGACUACUGAGGCGACUUGUGUGUGUGACACGAAAAUUAUCACUGUAUCGCAUACACACCCUUGAGAUGGACUUCUCUUUUUCACUGGAGGACUUGCACUUAAUUAGCCAAUGAUACAGCAGCAGAGCAUACUGUGGAAAUGUGUAGUACAGUACUGCAUUUGUUGGGCCUGAGGUUUUGUCCCCCAUCCUGCAGGUCCCUGCCUGUGUGCAAGCUCCGUGCACCUCUACAGCCUCCGCUAAACCCCCGAGGAAGCAAGAUUCAUCACACGCAUGCAUCACACUGAAUGUAAUAUGAUGAUACACGUUGAUGGAUAGAUUUAGCGGCUAAUUCCUAUUUCACACUGGGAGUCUUUGUUUACUGUAUAAAAGGAAUUAAGUGCACACAAAGUGGAUCAAUAGACAAUACGGCCAACACAGCUGCUCAACUUGCCAAUAUUGUGGAACGGUUCUCUCUGUGUGACUAAUAAUCCUUCACGAUUACAACACAACACAACACGGCGCCUAAACCAGGGGAUGCAAAGCACCAACUAAAAUGCACCAAAGCUUGUGGUCAGUGCCAGUCAGACGGUAAAUGAAGUUUUGUCUUACCUUUCCUUUUGCUUCUACAGUUAAAUGUUACUUUUCAAAGAGUUAUACGAGUAGAGUUUGCGGCAAUGGAAGUUUCCCACCCUUUGGAAAUAAGGUGCAUACUUUUGAAAGUGUAGGCCGAUGACAUGUAUUUUUGGUUUUGAUGAAAUCAUAUUUAUGCAACGCUCCGCAGGGCCAAAAUACAAUGAUGUUUUUUUUUUGUUUUAGUAUUUAUUUUUGAUGAUGCAGUACAAGUCACUGGAGGCAAUUUUUAUUUUAUUUUAUUUGGAUCAUUUCACGGGAACAAAAGCUAUUUUCAUGUUUUUAAAAAUGAUGUUUUUAAGUAAAGUAGGAGUAACUUGCUUGAAUUAUUUUAUUUGUUCAUUUUUAAUUAUGGGCACGCUUCCCGCUAUUUUUAAUAUGUCUUAAAAGUGGAAGAAAGCUUGCAGAUGCUAACCCCUAACCCCUAACCCCAACACUAAACCCUAACCCGAACCCUAAACAAAAAUUAUUUUUAAGUAAAAUGUUUGCACACAAAAACAUUACACAGCAAUGUAACAUUUAUUUAUUUGAAUUAUGGGCACACUCUUUCAUAAGUCUUAAUGUAAAAACUGAGAAAAUAAAUAGAAGAUCAAAUAAAAAUAUAAACAAUGCUAAUUAAAAUGUGAAUUAUUUUUUUUCUUUUUAUUAUGGGGAUAAUUAUUAUUUUUGUAUGUCUUGAAAAAGGACGUUUUACAGUAAAAACAAACAAAAUAAAUACAAACGAAAAAGAAAAGCAAUUAAAAUUUAAUGAUCCAUUUAAUAUUAUGUUGAAUUAAAAAUAAUGCACAAUGAAAUCCUGAACAAUAAAAUAUUUGUCUGCCUGAAUUAGUAAUUACGGGACCAAAGAAGGGGGCUGCACGGUGGCCUAGUGGUUAGCGUGUUGGCCACACAGUCAGGAGAUCCGGAAGAUAAGAUUGUGAGGAGUUUCUCCACAGUAGUAAUCAUCGUAGUAGUAAUCAAAGUAGCACACAGGAGAGGAGUGAUGAAGGCAUAAUGGCUGACAGAAGAAAACGAGUGUAAAAUCAAAUGAUGUCUCACGGUGUCGUAUGGUGUAUGUCGCCUCAACGCCCUCCAUCUUCCCUGAAAGGGUGACAGCUGGAGACUCAGUCUGACACACUGGACCACUAAAUGAGAAAAAAUGACCAACUUCUCACCAGCGCCUUUUAAAAAACUCAUUUACAUCCUGUCAGCUUCCAUUACGGCCGCCGACCUGCAACCUGGGACGGGGCCGAGCGCCCAACCUGACUCUCUGCUCCACUUGUCAACCGAUGCCUCCUGAUUUUGGUCUCUUCGCUUAAACCCCCAACAGCACUUUUCUUGGCAAGCAGCUUGUAAAAGAAGGUGAUUAGCAAAGUGUUUCCGACUUUUAAACAUCAGUAGAAAGGAUGAGAGCUGCUAAAUGCUGAGCCUUGAAUACAUCAUUUUAGAGGGGACAGAGUUCAGUUAGUGAAGUCAAAAGAAGAUGCAUUUAGCUUCCCUUUCAGUGCUUGGAACACUAGAAUUGCAAUAUGAUACCAUUUAUCUUCAAUAGCUGUCAUCUAUUCAUCAAGAAUGUUAUUUUGUAACCACUCAUACUUUGUCCAGUCAAUGCUUUUUUACAACAUGUUUUCAGUGUCAAUAAAAUACCAACCAGCAGACUGCAAUGAAAAAAGGGCAUCAUUUCAUCAUUAUCUCAAAAUUAGCAAAGUUUGCAGACAGCUAACCCUGACUGAUAACCCUUAAAACCUUGUCCAAACCCAGAACCCCCUAGCCCUCAGUCCCAAAACCCUAAGCCUAGCCCACCACCCCUAAGAAUAAUAGUAAUAGUGCUUUACAUUUUAUAUAGCGCUUUCAACACAGCCAAAGUGCUUCACAAUAAAGUGAACCCAUUAUUCGUUCACUCCUCAAUCACCCACUGGUGGUGGUAAGCUACAUCUGUAGACACAGCUGACCUGGGGUAGUCUGACAGAAACGUGGCUGCCAAUUCUCAGCCCACCACCAAACAUUCAUUCACAUUCAUACACCAGUGUGGGCAGCACCUAAACCCCAACUGUAAUCCGAGCCUUAAGCCGGAGCCCUAGCCCCCUAACCCCUAUCCCUGCCUGAACCCCUCAGCCCUAGCCCACGAUCCCUAAACCCGAACCUUAACCCCAGCCUUAAGCCUGACCCCCUAAACCCUAACCCCUAGCCCUUGCCUGACCCUCUAACCCUGAUCCCCAACCUUAACCUGAGCCUUAAGCCUGAGCCCUAGCCCUAAGUCUUAGCCCUUGUCUGAACCCCUAACCCAAACCCAUGACCCCAACCCUCACCUCAAGCCCCAAGCCCCCCUGCGGCUGAUGACUUGUGUAACCUUUAAGACA